CUACAUAUCCGUUGCCACUGACUCAAAGACAAGCCCAACGUACUCAGUUGAGGUCUCGCUCUUCUAUCCAGAGUUCUACUCAUCGCUUGCUAAGACCGUUGCUCUCUACGCAGGCUAUUUGACGUACUACCGAAAAAUGCGUGAGGUGAUUUCUGUUCAUAUCGGUCAAGCUGGAGUCCAAAUUGGCAACGCUUGUUGGGAGUUGUAUUGCUUAGAGCAUGGAAUACAACCCGACGGGCAGAUGCCAAGCGACAAAACAAUCGGAGGCGGCGACGACUCGUUCAACACGUUUUUCAGCGAAACUGGCGCUGGCAAACACGUUCCGCGAGCAGUAUUUGUCGAUUUGGAGCCAACAGUUGUCGACGAAGUUCGAACUGGCACAUAUCGUCAAUUGUUUCACCCAGAACAGUUGAUCACAGGCAAGGAAGAUGCAGCUAACAACUAUGCUCGAGGACACUAUACUGUUGGCAAGGAGCUGAUUGACAUGGUGUUGGACAGGAUUAGGAAGCUGGCUGACCAGUGCACUGGUCUUCAAGGUUUCCUCAUCUUCCAUUCUUUUGGAGGAGGAACUGGAUCAGGAUUCGCUUCACUUCUCAUGGAGAGACUGUCUGUCGACUAUGGAAAGAAAUCAAAACUGGAGUUUGCUGUCUAUCCAGCUCCUCAGAUAAGUACGGCUGUUGUUGAGCCAUAUAAUUCUAUCCUUACCACUCAUACUACUCUCGAGCACUCAGACUGUGCUUUCAUGGUUGACAACGAGGCCAUCUAUGAUAUCUGUCGUCGUAACCUGGACAUCGAACGUCCAACCUACACAAAUCUCAAUCGUCUCAUUGGACAGAUUGUUUCCUCAAUCACGGCCUCUCUUCGUUUUGAUGGAGCUCUCAAUGUCGAUCUGACUGAGUUUCAGACCAACCUGGUGCCAUAUCCUCGUAUCCACUUCCCUCUUGCUACCUAUGCACCAGUCAUUUCUGCUGAGAAAGCAUAUCACGAGCAACUGAGUGUUGCUGAAAUCACCAACGCAUGCUUCGAACCAGCCAAUCAGUUGGUGAAGUGUGACCCUCGUCAUGGCAAGUACAUGUCCUGUUGCAUGCUCUAUAGAGGGGAUGUCGUACCCAAGGAUGUCAAUGCCGCUAUUGCCACCAUCAAAACCAAGAGAACCAUCCAGUUUGUAGACUGGUGUCCAACUGGUUUCAAGGUCGGCAUCAACUACCAACCACCAACAGUCGUGCCAGGUGGUGAUCUUGCCAAAGUCCAACGUGCAGUGUGCAUGCUGUCCAACACGACAGCCAUUGCUGAAGCAUGGGCUCGUCUUGAUCACAAGUUUGAUCUGAUGUAUGCCAAGAGAGCCUUUGUUCACUGGUAUGUGGGUGAAGGUAUGGAAGAAGGAGAGUUCUCUGAAGCUCGUGAAGAUCUGGCUGCUCUCGAGAAAGACUAUGAGGAAGUCGGCACCGACUCUGUGGAAGGAGAAGGUGAUGAAGAAGAGGGCGAAUACUAAACUUCAAACGUCUGACUUGUGAACAUUAGCAGGAUUGCAACUGCAUGGGCUUUUGUUGACUUCAUCACUAAACCUGUAACACGGCUGUUGACAUGUAUUAGAAUUGUUCAAUGAAGAAUUAGCAUUGCAA